UUGCAGGGCAAACUUUUUGACUCUACGAUAACUGAUGAAGGAACAUGGACAUUAGAAGACAGGAAGCUCAUUCGAAUUGUUCUAAUGAAGACAAAUAGAGAUGCUGGAAAUUGUUGGACAUCUCUGUUAGAAAAUGAAUAUGCUGCUGAUCCUUGGGUACAGGACCAGAUGCAAAGGAAACUUACACUGGAGCGAUUCCAAAGAGAGAACCCUGGAUUUGACUUCAGCGGUGCAGAAAUUUCUGGAAAUUACAGCAAAGGAGGACCAGACUUUUCUAGUCUUGAAAAGUAAACUGUUUGUAUCUGUGUUCCUUGAAAGGAAUUACACAUUACACUUAAAGACUGGAAUCAUGGAAACUGGUGCAGACUUCAGUGAUCUCUUCAGCAGAUUGCUGUCAAGUAAUUACUUCAGUCAAAAGAGAGAAGAUUUCUUCCAGUAGAAUGAAGACAAAGUGUUACCAGCUGAUUUAUAAGCUGUGAUAAUUUUCUAAUACUAAGGGACAAACUACAGAGAAAGGUGUACACAAAAAAGUAAC